AUGACAUAAAAGCCAGGCUCUGAGAGACGCCAGUACCCGGCGUGCUGCUGAAGAGUGAGGAUGUUGUCUCGCGGCCGGAGACCGGAGCACGGCGGACCACCUGAGCUGUUUUAUGACAAGAAUGAAGCCCGGAAAUACGUUCGCAACUCACGCUUGAUUGAUAUCCAGACCAAGAUGGCAGGACGAGCAUUGGAGCUCCUUUAUCUGCCUGAGGGUCAGCCCUGUUAUCUGUUGGAUAUUGGAUGUGGUUCUGGGCUUAGUGGAGACUAUCUUUCUAAUAAUGGACACUAUUGGGUGGGCAUUGACAUCAGCCCUGCCAUGCUGGAUGCAGCCUUGGACCGAGACACAGAGGGAGACCUGCUUCUGGGGGACAUGGGCCAGGGCAUUCCCUUCAAACCAGGUUCCUUUGAUGGUUGUAUCAGCAUUUCUGCUGUGCAGUGGCUCUGUAAUGCUAACAAGAAGUCCGACAUACCUGCCAAGCGCCUGUACUGCUUUUUUUCUUCUCUUUAUUCUGUUCUCGUUCGUGGAGGCAGAGCUGUCCUGCAGCUGUACCCUGAGAACUCAGAGCAGUUGGAACUGAUCACGACCCAGGCCACCAAGGCUGGCUUCACCGGUGGCAUGGUGGUAGACUACCCCAACAGUGCCAAAGCAAAGAAGUUCUACCUCUGUCUGUUUGCUGGGCCUUCAACCUUUGUGCCAAAGGGGCUGAAUGAAAAUCAGGAUGAAGUUGAGGCCAGGGAGUCCACCUUCACUAAUGAGAGGGUUCCUCACAGGGUUGUGCGGCGUGGGUUGGUGAGAAAGAGCCGGGAGUGGGUGCUGGAGAAGAAGGAGCGCCGCAGGCGGCAGGGCAAGGAGGUCAGACCUGACACUCAGUACACCGGCCGCAAGCGCAGGCCCCACUUCUAAGCAACAGCUAUGUCCAGCGGGCCACCUCUGGGGCUGCACAGUGAGAGAUGUGUCACCCAGCCCAGCACUUACCUCUGGAAAGUUUUUCUAUGUUGAAAUGCUUACUUCAUCAGCUGACCAAAUAGUAUUUUAGAAAAGUUCUAAAGUUCUACAAAUGUUUUAUUCACUAAAAAAUGUUUUGAGAGCACUUUAUUUUGUUUUAAAAGCAAUAAACCACUUUUGUGGAAUUCUA